CGGGAGCCUCGAGGAGACGCGGCCCGCGCCCUGCGCCGCCGCCGCCGCCUGCUCGCUUCCUCCUGCUUCUCAGCCCCGGGUGCUGAGGCUCCGGUCUAUAAAUAGCAGGUUACAGCUCCUGCUCAGCGUGCACACGCUCCCGAGCGAACGCAGGAAAGUCAGGCUAAAAGUGUCUGCUGCUGCUGCCGCCCCCCCACUCCGCCUCCGGGAGAGAACCCAAAGAAAUGGUGUUACCUGGCAAGAGAUAUGCUGUUUUUUAUGAAAAUUCAGAUCAAGGCUGCUGAGCUUUAACUGACCUGGGUCCCUCCUUCUCGAAGCUUGCUGUCUGAGCUCUGAAGUCAGCAAAGCAAUAAUCGAAAAGCAGAGCUAUUUGAGGACUACAACAGUAAAGCAGAAUUUCAGAGUGGGAUUUUGAUCUUUAAUGUGAAGAUACAUCUAUAUUAAACCAGGAAUCAUUGUCAGUAACAUUUAGACACAAAAAUUUGGAAGAUUAAACAAGUGUGAAGGUUGAUCAUGGAAAUCAAAGAGGAAGGAGCAUCAGAAGAAGGCCAGCACUUUCUUCCCACACCCCAGGCAAAUGAUACUGGGGACUUCCAGUUCACAAGUAUUCAGAAGAUUCCAAAUGAACCACAGUUGGAAUUCAUCCUUGCAUGCAAGGAUCUUGUGGCUCCCGUUCGUGAUCGGAAGCUGAAUACACUGGUGCAGAUCUCAGUAAUCCACCCCGCGGAGCAGGGUCUGACAAGAUACUCAAGCACGGAAAUUGUGGAGGGAACAAGAGACCCGCUGUUUUUGACUGGUGUCACAUUCCCAUCUGAGUAUCCCAUCUAUGAGGAGACCAAAAUAAAGCUAACGGUCUAUGAUGUCAAGGAUAAGUCUCAUGACACUGUUCGAACCAGUGUCCUCCCUGAACAUAAGGAUCCCCUGCCAGAGGUUGGGCGAAGCUUCCUGGGCUAUGCCAGUUUUAAAGUGGGGGAGCUACUGAAGUCGAAGGAGCAGCUGCUAGUCCUGAGCCUGAGAACUUCAGAUGGUGGCAAAGUUGUUGGCACCAUAGAAGUCAGUGUCGUGAAGAUGGGGGAGAUUGAGGAUGGGGAAGCCGACCACAUCACCACAGAUGUGCAGGGACAAAAGUGUGCACUGGUAUGUGAAUGUACAGCCCCAGAAAGUGUGAAUGGAAAAGAUAACUUCCUUUUUUUGAAUGCAGUGCUAAAGAACCCAGUGUGUAAAUUAUAUAGAUUUCCCACAUCUGACAAUAAGUGGAUGCGAAUCCGGGAGCAGAUGUCAGAGAGCAUACUUUCUUUUCAUAUUCCUAAGGAAUUGAUUUCUCUUCACAUAAAAGAAGAUUUGUGUAGAAACCAGGAGCUGAAAGAACUUGGUGAGCUUUCUCCACACUGGGACAAUCUACGGAAAAAUGUCCUUACUCACUGUGAUCAAAUGGUGAAUGUGUACCAAGAUAUUCUGACAGAACUUAGCAAGGAAACAGGGUCCUCUUUCAAAUCAAGCAGCAGCAAAGGAGAGAAAACAUUAGAAUUUGUUCCAGUAAAUCUACAUCUGCAAAGAAUGCAUGUACACAGCCCUCACUUGAAAGAUGCUCUCUACGAUGUCAUCACUGUGGGAGCCCCAGCUGCCCAUUUUCAGGGAUUUAAGAAUGGUGGUCUUCGGAAACUACUCCAUAGAUUUGAAAUGGAAAGAAGAAAUACUGGAUACCAGUUUAUUUACUAUUCACCUGAAAACACAGCCAAAGCAAAAGAAGUUCUCAGCAACAUCAAUCAACUACAACCUCUGAUAGCAACCCAUGCAGACCUACUGCUUAAUUCUGCAAGCCAGCAUUCUCCAGACAGCUUGAAGAAUUCUUUAAAGAUGCUUUCAGAAAAAACAGAGCUUUUUGUACAUGCCUUCAAGGAUCAGCUGGUCAGAAGUGCUCUUUUAGCCCUCUACACUGCCAGACCAGGAGGUGUCCUGAAGAAACCACCGUCUCCUAAGAAUAGCACAGAGGAGAGCUGUCCCCAGGACCCACCCCCGCCGAUGAAAAGGCAGGACUCCAUACCACAUCAUUCAGACUAUGAUGAGGAAGAGUGGGAUAGGGUGUGGGCCAAUGUGGGGAAGAGCCUGAACUGCAUUAUUGCCAUGGUGGAUAAACUGAUUGAAAGAGAUGGUGGUGGUGAAGGCGGUGGUGGUGGAAGCAAAGGUGGAGAAAAGGACCCUUCUCUAGUGGACCCCAUCAUAACUCAUCCAAGGGAGGACUGGUAUGAAAAGCUAUAUCCCCUCAUCCUUACCCUGAAGGACUGCAUGGGAGAAGUGGUGAACCGAGCCAAGCAGUCCCUGACGUUCGUGCUCCUUCAAGAACUUGCAUACAGCUUGCCCCAGUGCUUGAUGCUGACGCUCAGAAGGGACAUCGUCUUCAGCCAAGCACUUGCUGGUUUGGUUUGUGGUUUUAUCAUCAAAUUACACACAAGUUUGCAUGACCCUGGCUUCCUACAGCAGCUUCACACAGUGGGAUUGAUAGUGCAAUAUGAAGGACUACUAAGUACAUAUAGUGAUGAAAUCGGAAUGCUAGAGGACAUGGCUGUUGGCAUUUCAGAUUUGAAGAAAGUCGCAUUUAAAAUAAUUGAAGCCAAAUCCAAUGAUGUCUUGCCAGUUAUAACAGGAAGGCGGGAACAUUACGUGGUGGAAGUGAAGCUUCCAGCUCAGAUGUUUGAGGCACUGCCUUUGCAGAUUAAAGAGGGACAAUUGCUCCAUGUGUAUCCAGUACUUUUUAAUGUUGGAAUCAAUGAACAACAAACUCUUGCUGAGAGGUUUGGCGAUGUCUCUUUGCAGGAAAGUAUUAAUCAGGAAAAUUUUGAACUUCUAAAAGAAUAUUACAUGACAUUUAUAGAAAAGAUGCCACCUGAUUACAUUUCACAUUUUCAAGAACAAAAUGAUUUAAAAGGAUUACUAGAAAAUCUCCAUCAAAAUAUCCAAGCCAAAAAAAGAAAGAAUGUAGAAAUCAUGUGGUUGGCUGCAACGAUUUGUCGCAAACUCAAUGGCAUUCGUUUCACCUGUUGCAAAAGUGCCAAGGACAGGACAUCGAUGUCGGUGACUCUGGAACAGUGCUCAAUCCUGAGAGACGAGCACCAGCUACACAAGGACUUCUUUAUCCGAGCCCUGGAUUGUAUGAGAAGAGAAGGAUGCCGCAUAGAGAAUGUACUGAAGAAUGUCAAAUGCAGAAAGUAUGCUUUCAACAUGCUACAGCUGAUGGCUUUCCCCAAGCAGUACCGACCUCCAGAGGGGACUUAUGGAAAAACUGACACCUAACUUUACCGACACGUAAAUAAGCAGGAACACAAACACGCUGCAGUCGGAUAAUCUCCACCCUUUUAACUUUUUUAUUGUCACAAAUUUGUGGAGGGAGGUGAUCAGGGAUGUUUGCCCAAAUCUAGGCAUUAUCUGGAUUAGGUAUUAGCAUAUUACUCUGAAUGAAAUCCAUUAAAAAAUAUCUUAAGUAACAUUGUGAUUCUAGGUCUCAGCUUCAACGCUUUGCCCCUCGCUGGCUGCGAUCAGCUCAGAACGGGUGCAUUUCAUUCAUGGAGUCCUUCAGCCGGAGGCAUUCUGAGGAAACGUAGGUUGCCACAGGAGGAAGACAGGUGACUCAGAGAGGGGCGUUCGACCUCCAAAGGGAAGACGAGAGGGGACAGGGGAGGGAGACUCAGACAUGUUACUUCACAGCCAUACUCACGUGUAACCUUAAAGCCCAUGUGUGGGAUUCGGAAAAUACUUUUCCAGUGAAUUAAAAUUCGGUAGCAUCAAGGCAUGAUCUUGACUGUGGAAGCGGGUUGCCGGUGUGCUUGUAAAGACUUAGGUCCUCCAGGCCAGAUGAGACCAGUGCUCCCGAACAGGUAGAUGACAGUGUUAGCAACACGGUGAAGAGACUUUUCCAUAACGUGGUAUCUUUUCAAAACUCUGACUCGUGUCGUGUGGCCCCAUGACAAGUGGUGAUAGAGAAAGCUGAAUAGAAUAGUAGGAAAAAACACCGCUAGGAACAGCAACUGCAAGGAAAUGAAAGAUGAUCAGCCUGCUGAUGUCAAACCUGAAAAUCCCUACCAGCCUGAACUUUAUGUAGCCAAGUUCAUAAAAGUCAAUAAACUAUCCUUAUGAUGCUUUCCAGUAGUACUCUUGCUACAGAAUAUAGAGGGUGGAAGUAUGCAUUGUCUGGCAUAGAUUACUAUGUGUGAAUAAACAUUUUAAGACCUAUGCAACCAUAACUAGUGAUAAACUGAAACAGUUAUUUCUGUUAACCUGAAUUUGAAAUUUAUUCUCAGGGAAAUCGCACCAUAGGUUUUCCAAAAUUCCAAAUUAGAAAUUGCUUUAGAGAUCAUCUUGUAUAAGGUCAUUAUAAACAGGUAAAUUAAAGCACAAGAAGAUAUGCACCCCAGUUAUCCAGCUAGGUAAUUUUAGAGCCAUGAUUACAAUCUCUUCUCAACUUCCUAACCUGUGGCUUGUCUAGUCUCCAAAUUGCCAUGCUAAAAAUACAUGAAAAUUGUGGGAGAAUGCUAGUUCGUUAAAUAGAAAUUGGCAUUUGUUGCCAGAAUUGAACCUUGGAGUAUAAUGGUCUGAAUAAAUGAAACCUGUUUUCUCCAGAUGUUAAGAGUUUAUUCUUUUUCCUCACUCAUUGGAAGAGUGUGCUAGCCAGAGCAUGAAUCUCCCCUUGGAAAUGCUGGAGGGCUGUUACAUAGACAUCUCCUGGCUGUGACCACAUUCAGUGGAUGAUAUUAUGAGGCUUUCCAAGCUAGUGUGACAGCUUCUUGGCUAAGAUGUAUGUUGAACUAAGGACUUCAAACAGAUCUCUAGGUUCAUGUUGGGUUUUUCAGAUUACUACAAAUUUUAGAUAACCUUUUGGGGCUUUUACUACUAGAAUUCUCAAUCCAUUAUUUUAGCUACUGACUUGUGGGCACUAUAUUUGAGGCCAUCAACAGUUCACAGGUUUUUUAAUAAAAAGAUGCAGUGUACUA